AUGACACCAUUCGAAAUCCACAACACCAUCCCAGCUCCACCUCCCAUUACGCUACCCGGACCAACUCUAGAACUUAUGAACAAGUAUGUUAAAGAGUUCAGCCCUCAGCAUGGGUACCUCAUUUCAAUUGGUCGGUCUUCAGUCAAGAAGAAGCCGAAUUGCAGGUAUAGGUGCCACCGCAGUGGGUUACCUGAAGCAGUCAAGGAUUCAACAAAAGAAUUGAAAUCUUUGAAGAUUGAUUGCCCUUUCUUACUGAAGGCACGAUACAACUCCGUCAAGCAGUCAUGGACACUUACUCACGUCAACACUACUCAUAAUCACCCACCCAAUCCUGAUAUUCAACUUCAAUAUACCCCAGCGCAAGCGUUCAACCCACCCGUCAACGCCACUAUACCAAUCCCACAACCUUCUACUAGCUCGCACAAAGACCAUGAUGAUGCCACUUUAGUUUUGGGAACCCUCGGUCAAGCUGAUACUCAACCUACACUCCAUCUUAAUUCGCCCACCCGUGUCACCAGUACAUCAAACCCACAUAUUCCACAUACCUCCGAACCAAUGGUCGACUUGUUUGUUAGCAUGUUCCGUCCAAGGCUACUAGCACUAUCUGUUGAUCAACAAAAAAAAUUAUCAAUCAAAUCAAUAAUUUAUUUCUCAACGUUCACAAUGAUCCCACCUGAUGGUCAUCAAUCGGAACCUUCAGAAGAUACACCACAUCCGGAAACCAGCACAAACAAGCAGGUCGAUCAUGCCACACUUGUAAUCGAUCAAUCCUCGAAUGAAACUCAUGCCGUCUCUCAACUCACCACCAACACAAUCGAUGGGCAAACCACCAACACAAUUGACGAGCAACCCAUCAACACAAUUGAUGAUCAACCCACCAACACGUUUGAUGGGCCUAAAGCCAAUAGUAAACCAAAACCUACUGCCAAGACAAAGUCUGUACCUCGAAAGCGAGUACGUGCAGGAGAAGGGCAACAGGAGUUAAUCACGGCUCGCAGGUCUCUACGUUCUAAAAAGGUGUAA